GUGCGCAUGUGUUGUGUACAUACUUUUCGGGGCCAUGUAUUUCGUAGGAGUUAGCGGUCUAAAUAUAUAGAAGUCUGUGCUCUAAGUUCCAAAGUGGCACUCUACACACCAACUAGCGUAUAGGCAUAUUCGAUUGGGAAGCCUAAUCAGUCACACAGAUAAGAAGAAGAAGAAGAAGAAAGUGGCACUCUCAGCAUUAUUUAUUAUUUAUAUAUACAUAUAAUGGCUGAUAAUACUGUAAUUGCCGUCAAUUUCUGUCAAAUACAGGCCAUUAGCCACCUAAAUGACAUUUAAGUCCUAUUAAAAGAGAACGAAAAAAGAAAGAUAAUAAAAUAUUGUAUAUUUGUAUAUAAUUAGGAUUAUUACAUUGAUGAUCAAGACUGGUAACAAUAUGCGACGUUCUCAUUCUGGAGGUAAUGGCUACAAUCCAUUAUCAAGUACAUCUACCCACAAUGCCAUGGAAGAUGAAAAUGAAAGAAUGACGGAAGAGCUAGAGGACAAAAUUCACGCUUUAAAAUCUUUGUCUAUUGAUAUUGGUACUGAAGUAAAAUAUCAAGACAAAAUAUUGAGAAGCAUGGAUGAUGAUUUUGAAAGGACGAGUGGUUCCUUAUCAGGUUCUGUAGCACGUAUUUUGCGUCUAGCAAAAGCAGGCUAUAAUUACUAUAUCUUGUACUUGUUUCUUUUUUCUAUAGCAGUAUUUUUCAUAUUGUGGAUAGUAUUGAGAUUUAAAUGAUUGUAUAUAAAAUCUAUAGCUAAGAGAGAGAGAGAGGUAAAAUGUAUAUAAAAUAUAAUUAAAUCAAAAUUGGAAAUUUCAAAUAAGUGAUAUAGCUGGUUUAAGUGUUUCUGAAUUAUUUUAUAAAAAAGUUCAUUCAUUUUAUUAAGAUUGCAUUGUUUCAUAUCUGUACAUGAAAAUAUAUCUUAGUUAAACUAUACCUACAUAGAAGAGAUAUGUCCUACAUUGGGAAUAAAUACUAUUUUUUCAAAAA